GAUUGUUUUUUUAUUUUUAUUUUUUUUUUACCCUUGUUUUCUUUUUCUCUGGAUUCUCAUCUCCCAACUAGAAGCUUCAAAGAAAUUUGGACUGAUUCUUUUUCUUUUUGAAGUAUCAGAUUUGAUAUUCCUCUUAUCUUAUCCAUGGUGCCAAGUCCUGUAGAAAAAAACUGGAGGAAAAUAUACAUAGAUGAAUAGACUUGUUGUUUUUGCACAAAUUUCUCUUACUAUUUUGUAGAGUAUGUCAUGUUCAGUUAUAAAAUACCGAACAUACGCGUAAAAUCUCAAACAAGCUUAGAUGAAAAACUGUCUAGAGAGAGUUUGGUUGCGUUUAUUUGGGGUCUCAGCCAAACAGAUGGCUAUGAAUGGCAGGGGAAAAGUAUUGUCUGAUUGCAAUUAUGCAUCUAAUCCUUACCAUGAAUGCACUGAUUAUUGCUUGAGGAAGAUUGCUGAAGGGAAAGGCCGGAAGGAUAAAAAGAAAUCAGAUCAUGGCAGUGCUAGAAGAGAUGAUGAGCUCAACAAAAAGUGCGACGAGAAAAAAGUGCACCCAUCUUGCCCUAAGGCAUCUAAUCCUUACCAUGAAUGUGAUGAUGAUUGCGUCAAAAGAUUUGGUGUCGAACCUCAACAAGAUAUAGGAAAAACAGUUGCAGGCUCUAUCUUUGCUAUUCCUAUAAAGGCGGGCAGAAGAAAGAAACAUGAAUCUGAGUCAAAGCCUUUGCAGGAGGUUGACAAGGUACCUGCCCAGGGUAAAGUUUACGCUCCUGAAUCUCCAUUUCUUCCAUCACAUUUUGCUUCUGCAGAAAAGGGAGAGGAAUCAGAGAGUGAGGAGCAUUUCCCUUCUGUUCCAUAUUCUGGAGAAAUUCACAUUGCUGAUCCUCCAUCCAAUGUCAAGAAAGUCCAGUCUCCCCAGUUAGUGCCCACAUCUGGAAUUCUUGCAAUGCAGGAUAAUCCCAAAGACCCUCCAAAUAAAGCUGUUGAGUCUCCAUCGAAUGAACCUCCAGUUGAUAAGAAAGAGGACAACAAUCAUCAUGCUAUGCUUGAAGAAAGUCCAAAAUCUAGCAUCAAUAACAUGAGAGAGAUUACUGCUGAGUCAAUUAACUUUACUUUCUCAGGUAUAUCUAAUGCUUUUGAAGAGAGUGAUGAUGACGAGUCGCAAUCCGUAAUCUCCGAUUCUAGCAGCAUCUCAGUGGGAAAAUACCGUGUGAAAGAAAGAGUCUCAUCCACUCUGCAGGCAAUCUUUGACAAAUUUGGUGAUAUAGCAGCAAGCUGCAAACUAGAAUCCCUUUCAAUGCGCUCUUAUUAUUUAGAGUGUCUAUGCUUUGUGGUUCAAGAGUUGCAAUCCACAUCAAUUAAGCAGCUGACAAAAUCCAAAGUGAAAGAAAUGUUGGCUAUUCUUAAGGAUGUAGAAUGUGCAGGAAUUGAUGUCAGUUGGCUUCGUAAGGUACUAAAUGAAAGCAUGGAAGACAUUGAGCUGGUUAGUCAGCAACGAACCCUAGGAGCAGCAAAGGCAAACUGCGAUCAUGAUAUAGAAUUAUUGAGGAAACAACUCGAAUCCCAGAUGGAGGAUUUGGCUUUGAAAGAGAAGGAGGUUGCAGAGGCAAAGAAGCAAGUUGCGGAAAGCAAAGCCCACCUGAAGGAGCUUGAACUCAAAGCUUCUGUUCUGGAUGAGACUCUCGGCACUGUCAAGUCCAAAGUUGCGACUUUGCAAACCAAAUCCAUAUUAGAUGGAGUCUUGUGAAGCAGCAACCAAAAAUCAGUAGUCAGUGGAAGAUUAGAUAGAUAAAUUAUCAUCUUUUUAUGCUCGUAAAAAGGUUGGAGUUGGAAACUAUAACAUAUAAAAUCCAUGCUCUCAUACCUUAUGUAUGAACCAAUACAUUAUAAAUAACUUUUAAAUCUGUAUCCCAUUUUAUCUGUAUACAAUUUUAUGCUAGGUUAUAUGAAAGAGUGUUCGGGAAAGUUAUCCCUGACUCAAACCCCCAAAAAAACUUUAUAGUUUAGUUUAAAUUAUUUUUGUUUCAUGUGAGAGUUACAUGUACUUUGUAUUUUAGUUGUAAUCACCAAACUAAGUUCAUCUACGUCAUUAGUCAAGUUUAUGGUCACUUAUUUGGAUUUGUA